AUGACCAGUAACGACUUGGUAACGUUUGCGGGCGAUGGAGGUGCAGGACUGGUGGACCUCACCCAGGCCACCAUCUUCAUCCACGCCGACGACUUCCCAGGCGUGCACAUCGCCGCCAGAAACCUUGCCCAGGAUUUCGCCCGCGUGACCGGCGACGCCUCGCGACCGGUUGUCCUGAUUGAAGGAAGAGCAGACUCUGCCGACAUUGAAAAGGUGGAAAAUGGCAUCGUUAUUGGUAGUUUGCAGAGAAGCCCCUUGCUGCAAUACCUGAAAGGAAAUGAGCUCGCUUCUCUAGAUACUGGGCGAGUUCUUGGAAAGUGGGAGGCCUUUACGACUGCUGUCCUUGAGCAGCCGUUCUCAUGGUGCAAAAGAUCUUUGGUCAUUGCCGGGAGUGACAAAAGAGGUGCCAUUUUUGGAACAUAUACGCUAUCGGAACAGAUCGGGGUAUCACCAUGGUACUACUGGGCUGAUGUGUCACCCAAGCACCGUACUUCUAUCCAUGCUCUACCUGUCAUCACUUACCAAGGAGAGCCAAGCGUCAAGUAUCGGGGAAUCUUUAUCAAUGACGAGGCACCUGCCCUCACAGGCUGGGUUCUUGAAAACUUUGGUAGCUAUGGUCCGGAAUUUUACAAGAAAGUCUACGAACUGUUGCUACGUCUCAAGGCAAAUUUCAUGUGGCCGGCAAUGUGGCCUGGAUAUCCAAACCCGGGAGCCAUAUUCUUUACAGAUGAUGCAGAGAACGCCCGGAUUGCAGACGAGUACGGCAUAACAGUUUCUACCUCACAUCACGAGCCGAUGCAAAGAGCCACCAGCGAGUGGUUCGCUGAUAACCCUGACGGCAGCUGGAACUGGGUGACAAAUCAUGAGAAGAUUACCGACUUCUUCAGGGAGGGAGCUAGCAGGGCCAAAGGACUCGAAUCUUAUUUCACCCUGGGAAUGCGCGGAGAAUAUGACAAGGGAAUGAAUGCAGAUGACCCGGCUGCUGUUGUGCGUGACGUACUCAAGACGCAAAGAGAAAUCUUCAAGGAUGUAUAUGGGCAAGAAGAUGCCGUGCCACAGCUACUUGCUCUCUACAAGGAAGUCCAAGAUCAAUACGAUAGCGGCCGUCUUGAGGUGCCAGAAGAUGUGACACUGCUCUUUGCCGAUGACAACUUUGGAACAAUCAGAAGACUGCCAACUGGGAAUGAGAUCGAAAGAAGCGGCGGCGCAGGUAUAUACUAUCACUUCGAGUACGUCGGGGUGCCCAGAAGCUACAAGUGGAUCAACAGCAAUUCGUUGGGCAAGACCUGGCACCAACUAAGGGAGGCCCAUAGGAGAAAAGCAAAUAGAAUCUGGGUCUUUAACGUUGGCGACAUCAAGCCGAUCGAGGUGCCCCUGACUUUUGCCAUGAAGCUUGCUUGGGACAUCAACUCAGUGAAGCACGACAACUUCCAGACGGCGUUUUACAAAAGCACCGCUGAGUCUUAUUUCAGCGAUUCUCUCCUUUCACACAAUAUUGCCGCAAACUGGCAGGCAUACGACCGACUCGCCAGCUUGCGCAGACACGAGCACAUUGAGGCCUCAACCUUUUCCUUGCUCCAUUACAACGAAGCAACCAAAGUCGCCGAGCGCUGGAAGGACCUUCUCACCGACGCUGAGAACAUAUACGCCCAAUGCAGCGAAGCAGAGAAACCCGCAGUCUUCGAGCUGGUUCUUCACCCGGCUAAAGCUUCCUACAUCUUUGUUCAGCUGCAGAUCACGUUGGCGCGUAAUCAGAUGUUUGCAAGACAAAGACGCAACACAACAAACUCGGUCGCUCGCAGAGUUCUUGAGCUUUUUGACGCCGACUUUGAUCUCUCGGAAGAGUUUCACCACAAGCUUCUACAAGGGAAAUGGAACCACAUCAUGUGUCAAGCUCACAUGGGAUAUGGAGAUACAUGGCAUGCCCCCUCCCGCGAUAUGAUAUCGGGACUCUGCUACGUCCAAACCAGACAAAACUCGAAUGCAAUUGUCGGGCAGAUGGGAGUCGCGGUGGAGGGGCAUGAAGGCGUGAGGCCAGGAAGGAUCAAUGAAGAGUCGGAGCGUACACACCCGAGCCGGAGGGAUCUAGUACCGGGCCUUACGCUUUCGCCCAUGAGCCGUUAUGGGCCUGCCAGCCGAUGGUUCGACAUCUUCACGCGAGGCACCCAAGUCAUUCAUUGGCAGGCAAGCUCGCCUUACUCGUGGAUCACACUGUCCCAGAAAAAUGGUACAUUGAAUCCCAAGUCGGAGGAUCCGGAUGAAGAUGCUCAUGUCGAGAUAUCCAUUGAUUGGGACCAGGUUCCAGAUGACUUCAUGUCCGAGAUACUCAUCGAUAUCCGCUCAGAAGAAGGCGACUUUGAGCAGGUGCACCUGCCUGUUGACGGUCGGCGUCUGCCAUCAUCCUUUUCCGCUGGGUUUGUUGAGGCUGAUGGCGUUAUUUCCAUACCCGCACCACGUGUCCAUGGUCCUUUACCGGCCGGCUACCAAGUGCUUCCCGAGAUGGGAAGAGGUCUGGAAGGCUCAGUAGCCAAUCUUGACGCUCUCAACGCUGAUUCGAUGCUUGGGCAAUCUUUGGAGUACAAGACGUAUGUCUUCACAGAUAUGGUCGCGGCAGACAUGAACGUAGCAGCCUUGGUUUUGUGGUUCAACAUGACACUCAAUAUUGAUCCCACGAGCCCCAUGAGCUUCAAAGUUCAGGUUGACGAUGGUCCACCUUAUACUCAUACAUUACUUUCGAUACAUGGCCAAAGAGGCCCGAUAGGAAGUGCAUUCCCCGACGGCUGGAUUCAUGCCGUUAAGGACUGCGUCUGGCUGCGCAAGUACACCAUCAGCGCUGCUAGGCUCGGCCCUGGGGAACAUACCAUACGCCUCUGGUUGGGACACAGCAAUUUGGUGCUAGAAAAGAUUGUCAUUGAUUUUGACGGGAUGAAGCCUAGCUAUCUAGGUCCCCCUGCGAGCAUGUAUAUCGACUAG